UUCGGUUCGCUCCAAAGCAGCGGCUGCACCGACGUUUCCCUCUCUCAGCCUCGGUCUGAAGCCUGGGACGUUCAUGGACAGUCAUGUCUCAGGAGGAAAAUGCUGUUUCAGAGGAACUUUUCAAAGAUGUCAAAUUCUACGUGGUGGGGGACAUUGACCAAAAGGUGGUGCAGCUGCUGAAAGCGGGAAAAGGGAAGGAGGUGUCCUACAAUGCCCUGGCCACCCACAUCAUCGCAGAGGAUGGGGACAACCCUGAGGUGGGCGAGUCCAGAGAAGUUUUUGACCUGCCCGUUGUCAAGCCGUCCUGGGUGAUCCUCUCAGUCCGCUGUGGAGACCUGCUACCAGUCACUGGAUUCUCCCCAGAAUCAGGACAGAUUUUCUUUGGUGUGACAGCUUGUCUUCCCAGGCUUCCAGAUGAUCUCAAUGCCCUGUGGGCUUACGUUACCUUUUAUGGAGGAGAAUGUCAGCUUAACCUCAACAAGAAGGUCACCCACUUAGUGGUGAAGGAACCAAAGGGGGCCAAGUUUGAGUGUGCCCUGAAACACCCUGGCAUCAAGAUCGUCACCCUGGACUGGAUCACAGACUCUGUUAAAGACAAAAGCAAGAAGGAUGAGGCGCUCUAUCACCCCAGACUAACGUACGUGGAGCCUGAGGAAGAGGAGGAGAGCGAAGCAGAGUCAUAUGACCAGCACUCCCAAUCAGAUGGAAGCUACAGAUCCCGGAUGUCCAGCGGCGGCUCGUCAGGCGAGGAGUCCAGCCCCCGCAGACGACCAGGACCCAAAAAACUGAAUUCUGUGUCUCCGACAUCGCCCAAGAAACCGGAGCGCCGCAGCGAGCGCAUGUUCGAUGACUCCGAUGAUGACUCGUCCACAGAGAAGGAGGGUACCAACCUCAACUGGACGCCAGCUGAAGUUGUCACGCCGACACCGCCUAUUCCGACCGGCACAGCCAGACGGCGAGGCGGGCCGCCCGGCAGCAAAGACCCUGUGUCAUCUACAGGCAGUGGGCUCAUCAACCUGUGUGCCACUGUGCCUCCUGUACCUGGCAGCGGAGGAGCCAUACCUGCAGAGGCUCGCUCUGCUGCUGCCGCCAUUAGUCACAGCACACAGCAGGGUCUGUCAGUUCCAGAGGGAAUCCCUGGGUGGAGUCCAGCUGCGAGAACCCUCCGCAACAUCACUAACAACUCUGACAUGCAGCCAGCUAAUCGACCUGCCAACGUAGCACACAUCAUCCAGAAUCUGACAGCCAAUCAGACAAAGCCACUGGAGCAGCAGCCUAAUCAGAGCCACGCUCAGACCCCCAACAGCACCAACCCUCUUCUGUUCAGUCAGUCCAAACUGGCCGGCCAGCCCCUCACAGCAGAGCAGCAGCAACAGUUACUGCAACAGCAACAGUCGCACCAGGCUGCCCAGCAGCAGCAGCAUCAACAGCCACCACAGCAACCGCAGCAUCCCAUGAUGCACCUCCAGCAGCAGCAUCAGAUGAUGCAGCUACAUCACCAACAGCAACAACAACAGCAACAACAUCAACAACAGCAGCAGCCUCAGGUUGCGCAGCAACAAGGGUUCCCACAGUUGCCCCAACAGCAGCAACAGUUCCUGCAACAACAGCAGCAAAUGCACCAACAGAUGUUUUCGCAGCAGCAGCAGCAACAACAACAGCAGCAACAGCAGCAGCAGCAGCAGCAUGCGUUCUCCCAGCAGCAGCUGCGGCCGCAGCAGCUCCUGCGGCCUGGUUUACAGCAGCUGCAGCAGCAACAAGCUCUGCAACAACAGCUCCAACAGUUCCAGCAGCAGCAACGUAUGCAGAUGUUACAGCAACAGCAGCAACAGCAGAAUCAACAGCAGUUACACCAACAGCAUCUACAGCAGCAGCAGCAGCAGCAGCAGCAACAGCAGCAGCAGCAGCAGCAGCAUUUCCUACAACAGCAGCACAUGCAGCAGAUGCAGCAGCAGCAGCAGCACCUGCAGAAUCAGCAGCAGCAGCAGACUCUGCAGCAUCAGAACCAGCAGGUCCUGCAGCAGCAGACCACCACGCUGCAGCCUCAGCUGCAGCAGCCUCCUCACGUCUCCCAGCUGUUUGGACACGAACUGGGACAAGAAAUCCCACAGGACGGUUUCCUGCUCGGCUGUGUGUUUGCUAUUGCUGACUACCCAGAACAGAUGGCUGACAAACAGCUGCUGGCCACAUGGAAGAGGGUCAUCCAGGCGUGUGGAGGUGCUGUCGACCCCACCUUGACCGGCCGUUGCACACACCUGCUGUGUGAGAGCCAAGUCAGCAACAUGUAUGUACAGGCGCUCAGAGAGGGGAAACGCUGUGUAACCGCCCACUGGCUCAACACUGUCCUGAAGAGGAAGAGGAUGGUUCCUCCUCACCGGACGCUACAUCUGCCCUUCGCCUUCCCUCCUGGAGCCAAGCCCUGCUCUCAGCACAUUAUAUCAGUGACAGGGUUUGUGGAUGCCGACAGAGACGACCUGAAGUUGAUGGCCUACCUGGCGGGAGCCAGAUACACUGGAUACCUGUGUCGCAGUAACACAGUGCUCAUCUGUAAAGAACCCAGCGGACUGAAAUAUGAGAAGGCCAAGGAGUGGAAGAUCCCCUGUGUGAAUGCCCAGUGGCUGUGUGACAUACUGCUGGGCAACUUCGAAGCCCUGAGACAGAUUCAGCACAGCAGAUACUCCAUCUACACACACCCUGAACCACUGGUGCCUAACCCACAGCUGGUCCAGAACCUGCUGGCUGCCUGGAGGACGCCGAUCAAAGUGUCUCCUGAAGCUGUGGCGAAUCUCCAGCUGCUGCAGAAGCAGAAGAUCUCUGAUGCCACCAACCAGCCUCCGAACAAGAAGGCCAGACUGGAGGAGAUCCAGUGCCCCAGUAAGAAGCUUCCUCCAGAGUCCACUCCUCGAGUCAUGUUCACAGGCUUCGAGCCUCCUCAAGUCCAGCAGUACACAAAGAGGUUACAUGCUCUGGGUGGUGAGGUAGCAGACAGCAGUCAGAAGGUGACUCACCUGGUGGCCAGUAAAGUGACCCGCACCGUCAAGUUCCUCACCGCCAUGUCUGUGGUCAAACACAUCGUCAGCCCGGAGUGGCUGGAGGAGAGCUGGAGGAGCCAGAAGUUUGUGGAUGAGCAGAGUCACACUCUGAGGGAUGCCGAGGCGGAGGUGUUGUUUGGCUUCAGUCUGGAGGAGUCACUGAAGAGAGCCCACGGUGCUCCGCUCUUCAAGGGGAAGUACUUCUACCUCACCCCCGGGAUCUGCCCCAGCCUCAGCACCAUGAAGUCCAUCCUGGAGAGCGCUGGAGGAAAGCUGCUGGCCAAACAGCCGUCCUACAGGAAGAUCAUGGAGCACAAACAGAACAAGAACCUUCCGGAAAUCAUCUUAAUUUCCUGUGACAACGACCUCCACCUCCUCAGAGAGUACUUCUUGAAAAACAUUGAUGUCCACAACGCUGAGUUCAUCCUGACCGGAGUUCUGACCCAGAAACUGGACUAUGACUCAUAUAAAUUCACUUGAUGGCGAAGCGACGACGGCCGGAGGAGGAGGAGACGAUGACCCCCCCCCCCCCUGUACAGUCCAGCCACACUGACUUUUCUAUGUUUUUAUUUCUGUGCAUAGAUCCGAGUCAUUUUGUAGCCUUUUGUUACCUGUUGGAGAAUAAAUAAAUAAAUAAAUAAAUGGAUGUUAUUUUUGUGAAUGUUUACAUUAUGGAAGAUUUUAACCUUUUUCCUGUUGUUCUGAUAGAAUGUGUAAAAGCGUCAGCUGCUUUUUGAA